GUAUCUGAGUCUGAGUCUGAAUCCAUUAGGCUUUCAUUGUUACAGUGGGACUGCGAUGGUAAAACUCACUCCAGAGCUGCUCGCUCAGGCUUCCUCUGCUCUCAAUCCAAUAAAGGAACGGCAGCUCGAUCUGCGAGGGUACAAAAUCCCUGCCAUCGAGAACCUUGGAGUCACAAGAGACCAGCACGAUGCCAUAGAUUUCACAGAUAAUUCCAUCAUCGUCUUGGGCAAUAUUCCCCUGCUAAAACGGCUACGAACAUUGUUGUUGGCCAAUAACCGAGUAGCCUCGAUCUCAUCAUCCAUUCACCUUUCGGCACCUAAUUUAACAACCCUCGUCCUUACCAACAACAAUAUAUCCGAGUUGGGAGAUCUAGAACCUCUCAGAGAGGUGAAGGGUUUGAAGUAUCUGUCGUUGAUGGGGAACCCUGUUACUGAAAAGAAAUGGUAUCGCGAGUGGCUUGCGUGGAGAAUACCUUCACUGAGAGUUUUGGAUUUCCAGAGAAUCCGGGAUAAGGAGAGACAAAUCGGUAACUCGUUGUUCCUUACUGCUGAGGGUCUACAUACUGCUCUCGCGACGACAAUAUCAACCACCGUCUCAACGCUAGGAUCAAAAGCUGCAGCUACUACAGACGAGCCCAAACUUGCUAUGUCUGGGAAGGCUGGGCGGUUGAUGUCAAAAGAGGAUGCUGAAAAGGUCAAACAGGCCAUCGCGAAAGCAACGUCUAUCGAGGAGAUCACAAGAUUAGAAAGAAGUCUUCGGGAAGGAUACAUGCCAAGUUUGGAGGCUGUUGGUGCAUGAAAGUAACUUGUUAUACAAAAUUGUAUUUUUGUAAUCUUCACUACUGGUACUCGCUUUUUCAGAUAAAAAAGCAAAACUCGAGAUACACAUCCGGGGCACAACUUUGGAGUACAUAGAUUAGACACUACCUCUUGAAAUCGGACCAUCGACUUCUCCUGGCUGCAUAUCCGAUCAGUAGCUUUGAGCAAUUGAUAAGCCGUGGAACGCCAAAGCUAUGACUGCGAAGAGGUUGGCUAGGGAGCUGAAACCAUGAAGUUUACCAAAUUUGCUGCUGAGUGCCUUCAUUUCAGCGGACACACCAGGCUCGUUGUAACUUUUCCCUUCUGCUUUCUCGAGUUUAUGGCGUUGGAACAUAAUCUUGGUCGUUAUUGGUCCCAACACAAAGUAGUUUAUUCCUUGCAGUACAAGCACACUCCCCAAAGCAUAUGCUUGUGCGACAUUGGCGAUGUUGGGACUGCAUACGUUCGACACGACAUCGGGGUGGUUGUUCGUCCAGAGACCAAGUAAGAUGGACGUCAAGAUUAAAGACGAACCAAAGUAUGCCGGAAAGCUGCGACUUUGAAGAGCACCGAACUGAUGUCUAGGUAAAGCUCUCAAAGCAAUUAUUCCUCCAAAGAACGAGACCCAUACAGACAUUCCAAACAACCAUCCGUAUGUGAUUAUAUACAAUCCUUUAGGGGAGAAUAGAUUCACGAUAUAAUCCAGGGUGAUGAAUUCUACAUUGGCAAGCGUCGAAGAUUCCAUCGUGAGCUGGCAAGUUUUCUACGUGUAUAGUUGCGGAGACAGAGCGAGUCACACCCGUGGCU